AAGACAAGGGAAAGGGGUUGUUCAAUAGUGUUGAGAAACGCCAUUUCUCUCUCUCUCUCCAAAAAUGGCACUGACCCAUUCGACUCCACUCUCUUCUAUUCACUACUGAAACCACUCCUGAGCCCUAAAGCCAUCAUGACCCACCACCAAUCCCAGCGCCGUCGCCGUCGUCACUCCGCCGUCUGUAACCGUCAUCCCACUUCCAAACCCACCACUGGCUUCUGCGCCACCUGUCUCCGCGAACGCCUCUCCACCAUCGAAGCUCUCUCNNCCGAUCAAGCCCCCGAGCUCCGCCGUGCUCGCUCGCACUCCGUUCGUGACGCAUCCGCCGCAGAUUUCGAUCAGCCACGACGCAGAUCGGGUGACGACGGCUCUCUCCACGACCGAUUCGCCGACGACGACGAAGAAGAGAGGCUGGGAAGCUCGAUUCGGAUUCCAGAUUUGAAAGAGGAGGAAGAAGAAGAUGAAGGAAGAGUGGGUAUGAGGCUCCUUGAAGAAGACGGAGAGCAGGAGACGAUGAAGGAGUUUAUAGAUCUCGAAUCAAGAACUCGCCAAAUCAAGAAGAGCAACGACAAAGAUUCCUCCUCCUCCUUCACAUCUGUUUUCAGCAGAACGCUUAAGAAACUCUCUCUCAAACAACAUCCCAAGAACUCCCUAAACGGCGACGUUUACUCGAAAACAGCUCUUGGCCGUCGUUCAUGUGAUGUGGAUCCCAGGUUGUCUCUCGACGCAGGUCGAGUCUCUUUCGAGGAGCCUAGAGCGUCAUGGGACGGAUGCUUGAUCGGGAAGACGUAUCCAAAGCUGAUACCUUUGUCAUCCGUGACCGAAGAUGCUAAAGCCUCGCCGGAGAAGAAGCCAGGCGGGACAGCUCAGACGAGGGAUUACUACUUGGACUCACGGCGGAGAAGAAGCUUUGAUCGGUCAUCAAAGUUGUCACCUGAAGGUGUUGGUUUGUUUCAUGGAGCUAAGUUGCUUGUUACCGAGAGGGAACUGAGGGAUUCGAAUUGGUAUUCCAUCAAAAACUACAAACCGGAGAGCUUAGAGUUAGCUUCCAAAGGCGUAGUUUGUGUUGCUGGUAGUGGCGAGGUGAAGCAGGAUGGUUUUGGUUUGAAGAAGGCUGGAAAGAAAUGGGGGAAAGGAUGGAGUCUUUGGGGGUUGAUUCAGAGGAAAGGUGAUACAGCGAAGAACAACGAGGUUAAAACCGAGCAAAGUUUGAAACUUGGAGGAAAUGCAAUGGAGGGUUCUCUCGCUGAGUCUCUCUUGAAGCUUAGGAGAGUGGCUAAAGGAGAAAGCAACGGUGAUGUUAGCGAGAAACUCUUGAGAAGUUACAGCGUUAGUGCAAGGAAGUCUUGUGAUGGUGGCGUGUUUCAUGGUGCUUCUAUUCUUGAUGGCUUCGAAGGUGGAAGAAGCUCUUGUGAUGGUCUGUUCCAUGGGUCUAUUACUGGCGGUGCUGAGCCUGCAAGAAGAAGCUUGUGCGAAGACAUUCAGAGAGACGCCAAGCUUGGUGGUGCUUCGUACUCGCCGGAUAGCCUCAGAAACGGUAUGGUUAGAUUCUACUUGACGCCACUAAAGAGCAACUCUGGGAAAAGUAGGCUGAUGAAUUAGUCUUGAUGUGUGAUGGAUAAUUAUAUUUGAUAGUACUGUGUUGUAAUUAGCCAUUACCAUAUGUAUGUUUACUUGUUAUCCCCAUUGUUCUAUAGAUAAUAUGAAGCCAGAUCAUAUGCUUAUCUUUGUUCUAUCUACUUUCUAUGUGUUAUCAAAGCUCUCAAGAGUUCAAUACAAUGGUGAUUUUGUUCAAA